CUCCUUUCCCUGGAACAAAAGUUUGGAUUUAUUCUGUACUAAUUAAGUAAUUAUAAUUUAUAACGAUUUUGGUUUGACUGGAGAUAAAAAGGGGUUUACCUUUCCCGCUCCCUUUUCAGAGGAGAUAUCCCCAUUAUUUCUACACCCCAAAUUCCCAGCAAAAAUGCUGCUGCUCUUUCUCUGUAGUUCCCUCGUCGACCGUCGUUGCUCUGCUCUUCAAAUUCAUCACCGCCGAAGCUUGACGUCGAAGAGAGGCGUCAAGCGCGAAGAAAUUGAAGAUAAGGUUGUCUGGAUUACUGGGGCUAGCCGUGGGAUAGGUGAGGUUCUGGCCAAACAAUUUGCGAGUUUGGGUGCCAAGCUUAUUCUUUCGGCUCGAGACGAGGCUGAACUUGAGCGAGUUAAGAAGCAGCUUACGGGCAAGUAUGCUCCCAACGAGUUAAAGAUUCUGCCUUUGGAUUUGACAGCUGGUGAAGAGUCUCUAAAGGAGGCUGUGGUUAAGGCAGAAGCCCUUUUCCCUGGUGCUGGUAUUCACUAUAUGAUCCACAAUGCAGCUUAUGAACGCCGAAAAACACCAGCUUUGGAUGUAGAUGAAGAAAUCCUCAUGAUGACAUUCAACGUCAAUGUUCUGGGGACAAUAUCUCUGACACGGCUGCUAGCCCCAUUCAUGCUGAGACGAGUUGGCGGCCAUUUUGUUGUGAUGAGCAGUGCUGCAGCCAAGACGCCUGCGCCAAGUCAGGCUGUAUACUCUGCUACCAAGUUUGCUCUGAAUGGAUACUUCCAUUCUUUGCGUUCUGAGCUCUACCCUAAAGGGAUAAAGGUCACCGUUGUUUGUCCCGGGCCAAUAGAGACUGGUUCUGGAGCAUCAAACUCAGAAAAGAAGUUGUCAUCCGAAAGAUGUGCAGAGCUGACAAUAAUUGCUGCAAGCCACAAUUUGAAGGAAGUUUGGAUAUCGAACCAGCCUGUGUUAGCCGUAAUGUACCUAGUGCAGUACAUGCCAGCCAUUGGCUUCUGGCUUAUGGAUAAGGUUGGUGCAAGACGGGUGGAAGCUGCUAAGCAAAAGGGUAAUACAUACUCGUUGGGUCUGUUGUUCGGAAAGAAGAAGGUAACCUGAAGUCAUCGAGCACGUCCAAUAUCAGGAUGUCGAGCUGAGAGAGCCAGCCAGUACCAGGUGACUUUACAUACUCAAUAAGGAAAAGAAAGAACAUAUACAACACAGAUGUGCAUUUUUAUGAUGAUUGUUUGUUAUAAAUGUAAGAGGAGAAGGUCCAUCUAACCGGGCUAAGUGCUUUGAUCUUGUCUUGUUAUCUGGUUUGAGCACAUGCGCAUGGCUGAUUGAAUGGCCUUAGAAAUCAUGUAGUUAACCCAUUCAUCUAAAUCAUAUGGACAUAGUGGUUAGUGAGAGUGAACUAGGGGUUGACAAGUGUGUGAUUGAACUGCUGUUUGAUGCAGACUCGUCUGCAAAUAUCCUGAACUGUUAUGCGUGGGUGCACCGUGGUCGGUAAAUCUUUUAUUAGCACUCAUUUUUAAACUAUUGAAGGGUGAUCAUAUUUUUUAACCGCUCCACAAACUGAUCCUCUACUGGGAAAUGUAGAAAACAAAUGAUAUUUAUGGACUACUAUUAUUGUACUUGUGUUAUAUUCCUUAAGACACUGUGAUGCAAGUUACGGACAAUUAGCUCUAUAAAAGGAGCAAAAAAGCAUCGAUUCUUCACUACCGUAAUGAAAAUUUUGAUACUUC